AUGGGAAUGACUAAGGCUCGAUCUCGACUCUUCAAUUUCCGCAAUCAGGGAUCAAAUUCAAAUGUUCAAUUAACGAGCCUUUCCGAACAAGUCACGCUAAAAGACGCCCCAGAAGCACUACGAGACAGUCGCAUGAACCUCCAGUUAGCCUCCGUCAACGAACAGACGGCAGAGCUUCUCAAGACAACAAACCAUGUCUUUAUUCAACUCAACGAAGCAAAACGCCUGCGAGAAUUGAAUGAUCCUGGUCUCAAUCCCAGUGAGCGAGAGUGGAUUGACUGUAUCAUUAAAGAUACUGCGGAUGCUGCCCACGAAAUUGCGUUAAUUCUCGAGCCCGCUCGUAUUGAAAAAGAAACGGGUAAUGGCAAACUCGGUCUGGGAAGACAACUACAAUGGUUGUACCGUGACAAGCAACGGGCCCAAGACAAAAAGAAUCGACUUUUGAUUUGCUACCAGAGCCUUAUGAUGGUUCUCAGUCAUCUUCAGCGGGUAACGCUGCCCAAGACGAUGACCAGACCUAGAUUUGUGCAUGAACUUGGGGCCGAAGUGCCAUCAAUGUCCAUAAGCGAUUUAUCCAAUCCUCAACGAUCUGGGUCGGGCAUUAGUGAAAUUACAGAUGAAACUAAGAGUUCAAUGAGCCCAGCCAGUCCAAAUGAUGAGCUGCAGGACAUGUUGACAUGGCGUCGGUCAAAGGGAGUUCAGGUGCAAUCGCGAGAAGAGAAGACAUUUGCCACACACGUGGGAUAG